AUGCACAACCGACCGCCGAACAUGGGAUAUCCACAUUAUCAGGCGGUGGGCGGCGGCGAGCGACAAGAACCGCCGCAAAAUGAGGAGAAUGCAGAGUCGCCGCCGACGCAUCCACAACAUCCGAACUAUCAUCCGAUGCAGCAGCCGCCACAACAAUUUUACAACAAUUUUGCAAGCCAACAGUAUUUGCCGCAACAAGUUCCGAAUAUUGUCGGUCCGCAACUCAAUUUUCCGUCACCGCCCACGCACGAUAUGGUCGCCAACUAUUAUCAACUUCCGCAACAACAAUAUUAUCAACAACAACAGCAACAACAGUUGAUGUAUCCGAAUUUUGGGCCGAGCAACGUGCCGCAAACGUCGAAUAUGGUCGUUCCGCAGCAAUUUCCGCGAAAAACGCCGCCAAAACCGCCGCAAAAGACGACGCCGCCGAAGAAAACGUCGACAAAGCCGCAAAUGUCGAUCCGACAGCAAGUCAUGUCUCAGCAGUGCGAAGCAGACCCGCCCGGUCACGCUGACGACCCGAGACUGAUUCAGAUUGCGACGAAAGUGCUCGACGAGACGAGUGUGCUCGAGGGAGAUGUGAGUUUGGGGCGCAAAUUGCAUCGAGAACGCUUUUGUUGAAAAAAAACUGAUAAAUUAAUAAAACCGAAUCGAUUUUCGCUUUUUUUUCCGACACUCAUUUUGACUGAAAAUUGAUCGGUUUGGACUUUUUUUUUACCAUUCUUGGCUAAGCAAACGCGCUCCAUCGCACUCUGCACUUUGUUUUUUGUUUCUUCUCGCCUCCCAAUGCAUUCUUUGCUGGAAUUGCAUGAGAAAUGCGCGUUUUUCCACGUUUCCAGUUAAAAAAAUCGUACAGAGAACACAUUUCCACAUGGCUAAAUUUGGGCGCACCGAAAAAUUGUGUAAUCGAUCAAUUAUAUAUGCUUACUAGUAUUUAAUCGUCCAAAAAUAGGCACCUGUUUGUUCCGUGCUCGUUGUGCAUUGUGCAAUCGACACCUGUACCUUUUGGAUUCUCGGAUCGAGAGAAUUAUGUAAUAUACAUCUGGUAAUUUGCAAAAAAUAGAAAAUAAUGGUGCAUUCCGGAGGUUGAUGCCAAUUUCCAGGGGGAAUUUCCGACACAACGCAGUUUUAAAACGAAAAGACAUGCGUAAUUUUUCGGUUAAUUUUCGCUAGAAAUGUGUGCUCUGUACGAUUUUAGAACAAGAAAAGUGGACGAACGAGCGCUUCUAAUGAAAUUUCAGCAAAAAAUGCGCUUGGAGACGAAAAUGAAAAUGAAGCAAAGCGCAGAGUGCGGUGGAGCGCGUUUGCUUCGCAAUUGAAAAUCGCCAUCUACAAUUUUACUCUUCCGCGGCCAUUAGAAGACGCCUCUAGUAGAACGUUGAGAAGUUUCAAAAUGUCUUCGCGAAAAUUGCAUUAGAGCGUCUAGACACGCGCAUACAUUUUUGUGACAUUUUUGUAGCGUUGACGUUGACGUUAACACGAAACACCGAACAAUUUUUCGAUUGACUUUAUAUGUGACGUUUUUUCGAGAAAACAAAAGUGUAGGAGAAACCUCAGAAAUAAUGUGGAAAAAUAGCAGCCGGACGUCCCGAAACUAGACCUUUUCAUCACCAAGUUUUGAAAUGCCCCGCAAUAAAUCGAUGAUAUAGCAGCAUCAAAAGUAUUUGAACAGACAUAACCCUAAAAAGGUCAAAUUUCAGCGUACGUUCGAAUGGGCGUCGCGAGCGGUGCGUCUCAUCGCGAAGACGACGCGCAAGUACGGCUGCUUCGACGUGUUCUACGAGGCGAUAAUGAGCGAGCACGGGCACUCGAAGUGCUGUCCGGCGCACAACGACAAACUGCCGGGCGGCAUCGGCCGCGCGAACAUGUUCAUCCUUCGCUUGUUCCGAUUCCCCUGGCUCCGCUACGACAUUCAGAUCAAAUCGACGCUCAACUGCCGGUAUCCGGUCGACCGGGGCACUCGAUCCGCGUGCCUCAAUCCGUAUCACUAUCGACUCGUCGAGUUGCCACGUCUCUCGCUUCCUCCGAUUGUCGUCAACAAGACUCUGGACUAUGGAGAGCCGCCGAUGCGACCCGAGAAUCCGAUGGACGACGAGUCGUCGAUGAACGAACACGUGGAGGACGAGGAGGUCGUCGCCGAGUUCACCGUGCCCAAUGUCACGAUCAAGGGAGACGAGAUUAAGGUUGGCGCUUGAUUCUAGACAGUCUAGAAAAUUGAAAAUUUUAAAGGUGGUGUCCAACGUGACAUACAACAUAUUUUUAAAAUAAACUUCGAAGUGGGGCAUUCACUUUCCCAAAGUCCCGAAUUGCGAAAAAAAUUCCCCGAUUUUUAAGAUUUUUUUCAAAAAAGUUAAUGGUACCGAGAGAGAAGUACACGGCGAAAUAGAAGAGCUGGCCUAGAUUUUUCUAGUCCCCGGAUGAAAUUCCCCUUUCUUCCGAUUUUUUUCCGUUUUCGUGCAAUUUUCGUGCAAUUUUCAAUCGUUUUUUCACUGAAAACAUUUAUUUGCAAUAUUUAAAAAAACUUAUGUUUUUUUCUGUGCCGUGACGCCAAAAAAAUCGAUAAUCUGAAACUUUCAAAAUUCAGCAAAAUUCAGAAAUUCAGCCACUUUUUGUAAAACUGAAAAUAGGAAGUUUUCGAUUUUUUUCAUUACUUUGAAAAAAAUAUAACUUUCUGUAACUCGCAAACUUCAAUUAAGAAAAAAAUCAUAAAUUUUUUUAAAUAUUGCAAAUAAAUGUGCUCAGUGAAAAAAACGAUUGAAAAUUUAAAAAAAAUUGCACGAAAACGGAAAAAAAUCGGAAGAAAGGGGAAUUCCAUCCGGGGACUAGAAAAAUCUAGGCCAGCUCUUCCAUUUCGCCGUGUACUUCUCUCGGUACCAUUAACUUUUUUGAAAAAAAUCUUUAAAAUCGGGGAAUUUUUUUCGUAAUUCGGGACUUUGGGAAAGUGAGAAGGGAAAGUGCCCCACUUCGAAGUUUAUUUUAAAAAUAUGUUGUAUGUCACGUUGGACACCACCUUUAAUAAUAAUCCAUUUAUUCGCUUCGACUACCAGAAAAAUUUACAGAAGAGGAGAGGGAGAUAUAAAUAGUGGGUGGAGGAGGGAAUAAUGACCGACGAUCACUGGCCGGCAAUAGCCAUAGGUCAAGGUUAAAAGUUCCAAUUGAAACAGUAAACUUAAAUUUUGAAAAAUCUUGCUCAACCCCUCUUUUUUUUUCUUAUCUCGAAUGUUCUUCCAGAUGCUGUUCGAGCAACACGCCGACCACGACACGAACUACGACCUCAACUCGCUGGCGGGCCUUCCGAUGCCUCCCAACUUUGGCCAAAUGGCAUCCGGGCUUUCGAUGGCUCCGUUCGAUCCGAACCUCCUCCCCGGAUCGUCGGUUCCGAUGCCCUCCGCCGAUAUUCCGUCGUUCGCAGUGCCCUUCCCACCCCGUCCACAAUCGGAGACGGAAGAAGACACCGAGUGCAAAUAUUAUCAGUCGGGACUCUCGUCGCCGGCCAGGUUUGAAAUGCGAAAGACUCGUUCGAUACUAGCCCCAUAGAUACAAUUUCAGUGACAUUGCCUCGCCGACGUCUUUUGUUCCGAACCUCGCGCCGCCACCGCCCACGCGUCCCGAGUGCCCGAGUAGCAGUGUGUCUCCUCUCGACGAACAGAUGGAGACGGACGAGGACGUGGACGAGGAGAUGCGCGAGGUGGUGCAGAUGACGAGGGCGGCGGCGGAGAGUGUGCCCGGAAGACCGAAGAAGGACAAGCCUCGGUACGCGGACGGCCGGCCGAUCACUCCCAUCGAGCCACGUCCACUCUUCCGAUCUUCGGUUUCCGAGCUUGGUAAGUGAUGGGGGCUUGGCUAGAAACUCCUUUAGGAUCUUUAAAAGUCUAAGGGUUGUGAAACAGUAACUCCCCAUAAAAACCUUGAAUUCUCCGCUAGCUUCUCGAUAAGAACGGGCCGAUUACAGGUGAACUGGUGCGCAACGCGGCCACUUUCGAAUGUGUGGAGUACGAGGAGAAGUCGAAAUGGCUGGCGCUCAUGUACUACGAGGAGAGCAAUCAGAUCGGAGAGGUGAAGGAAUUCGAACGGGCGCACUGUCUCAUCGACGGAUACACCUCCACCGAAACGGACACUGCGCGCAUGCCCACGUGAGUGCAGCGGAAAGAAAAUACAUUGUCUGAAUUGUUAUGCCGCGUCCAAAGUCUCGGAAAACCCGCAAAAACCACAGGUUUUUCUGUCCAAAGUCGGCAGAAAUUUGCGUGAAAAACGGGGGUGUGCGCACAGCUCAACGAAUGUAACCGUACCCCUAAAACUACGGUAUUUUUUGAAAAAAUUUAAAUUUCUCAAGAAUAUUUGAAAUUUUUCAAAUUUCUUGGGUAAACUUUCAACGGUAUUUUUUGAAAAAAUUUAAAUUUCUCAAGAAUAUUUGAAAUUUUUCAAAUUUCUUGGGUAAAUUUUCAAAAAAUACCGUAGUUUUAUGGUGUACGGUAACACUCGUUCAGCUGUACGCACCCCGGAUUUCCCGCAAAUUUCUGCCGACUUUGGACUGCAAAAUCCGCGAGAUUUGCGGGUUUUCCGAGACUUUGGACGCGGCAUUACUUCUAUAAGAUAUAUCCUUUGAUAGCAAAGAAGAAGUUCUCUCAAAAUUGUUCAAUUUUCAGUCGCUUCUCGAUCGGCUUCUUCAACAACCCGAUCCGCAGCCCGGCCACUUCGGAAGUGCGUUCGCUGAUCGGAAAAGGAUGCCGACUGUAUUUGUUGGCCGGCGAAGUGUACAUUGAGAAUCUCUGCGGCAUCCCCAUAUUCGUGCAGUCGAUCAGUGCGAACCUGAAGAACGGGUUCGCGAUGAACACGGUCUCGAAACUGCCGCCGCAGGGAACCAUGAAAGUGUUCGACAUGCGAAUGUUCUCGAAACAGCUCGCCGCCGCCGCCACAAAGACUUAUCAAGGUAAUAAUAAUGCGCUGGAUUGAGCUGAAGCGUCGAUGGAAUAUUUAUACCGGCAAUUAUAGAUUUACCUACUCUGAAAUGUAAUUUUCCAUCGCACACAACACCGUUUUGAAAUUUUUGAAAAAAAAAACAGUUUAGAGUAAAAUUGAAACACAAAAUGAUAUUAAUGAAUGUUGUGCUUCCACAGUCUCCAGCGUGGCCUCCGCCACAAUGACUUUUCACGAUCUCAACGCUUCAUACCUGAUUUUUGUGGUCAAAAGCGAUGAAAAUCGAUAGUUUGACAUGAAAACAUAAUAAUUCUGGAAACUUCUGACGUUUUGCUGCAUUCGCUUUUUCGCCUUUUCAGUUUUUUCGUGAGUAGCUGUUAAAAGUCGCUUUAUUUGGCCCUGGAGACCGUGUUCCGCACUACGUAUCGCAUAAAAAGAUGAUGAAAAAUGGGGGUUUUGUUCUUAAAUUUCGAAUUUUCAGACGUCUACUGCCUGUCGCGAAUGUGCACAAUCCGCAUCUCGUUCUGCAAAGGCUGGGGCGAGCAUUACCGGCGCUCGACGGUUUUGCGGUCGCCCGUCUGGCUCCAGGCCCACUUGCACAAUCCAAUGUCGUGGAUUGACAGCGUGCUCACGUGCAUGGGCGCCCCGCCGCGGCUGUGCACUUCCAGAUCUUGA